AUGGACGGGUGCGCGGUGGGCAAAGAGGUGGUCACCAUCUCCAAGCUGCGCUGCACGUUUGUCGUCGUUUCUCGCCAGCUUCGUUCCAACUCGAACCGGCGCAUCGCAGCCGAGUCAAUCGGCGGCCCAUUGACGAAACGGUUCGCCAAAAUGGCCGCCACCACGCGGUACAGCAGCUCCGUGCUGUCACGGGUGCUCGUCUCGUCCGCUCACGCCCGCGCAUUCUCGACAUCCCUCCCCAUGCGCUUUUCUCCCUCGGGCUCGAAUCGCGAUGCUUCAUCCCCGUCCCCGUCUUCAUCUCCGCGUCCGCCGCGCGUCCGCUCCAACCCCCUCAUAGGCAACUACGCCCCCGCCACGCCACGACAGCCCGCCCCGGGGCAGACACCGCCCGUGUCGACCAAGCAUCCUCGAUCUCGCAAGCCGCCAGCCUCGAGCGCUGAGGUCCCUCCCAAUGCCGACAUGCCGCCACCGCCGCCGCCUCCCCCCCCUGCUGCUGCUGCUGCUGAGACCGCCGAUACCUCCGCCACCACCCCUCCGGGGAAGAACCAGCACCCUUACACGGCCGCCGACAACUCUACCCCUUUCGACUUCGACAUCGCCUCCAUCAUUGCCAACAAGUCCGCUGCGUAUGGCCGCUCGCUCGGCCUCGGCGACCCGCUCUCCCGGCCCAAGGUACACUCCAAGGCCGUGUCUGGACGCACUGUCUUCAUCAAGGAUCGCAUCACGCCAACGUCGGCGCCGACGCCCACCAUCGCAUUGCGCGUCCUCGAUCGCAUGUGCCGCGAGCAAAAGGUCCGCAACAAGUAUCACUCGCAGAAGUUCCACGAGCGCAAGGGCCUCAAGAAGAAGCGGUUAAGGAGCCAGCGGUGGAGGUUCCGUUUCAAGGCAGGCUUCAAGGCCGCCGUGAACAGGGUUCUAGAGCUGAAGAAGCAGGGCUGGUAGGAUUAAGAAGCAUGUACAACUACGUGUCGGGCACCUAGAGCUAGAGUUGGAACUAUUGUACAAUACAAGGCAUACAUCUGUAGUCUUGCAUCAGACAUGGACUAGUUCUCAUACAC